GAGGACAUACAUACUGCCAAUAACGUCAAAACUGCAGGCGUUAACGUAGCGUGAUGACGUCGUUGGUUAAUGCUUCCCUCUGAGCAGAGGCGGCGGAUGGAGCGGAGCUGAUGAAUGAGAUGAGGGGCUAACAGAGGGCAGACGGGCUGAUGAUGAGAGAGGAUGAACCAGCAGCUGAAGGAGCAUCAGUCCUAUUCUCCCACCAUCUCAGAUCCAGUUUACGCGAAACAACGCAAACAAAAUAAGACGGAGAAAUCUGCUCGUUUGUGAAUGAAGGAAAAUUUUGUGGCGAACAUCGACGUCGGUGAAGCUGUUUUGAUUUUUUUUUUCCUCUUGGAGGAGGGCAGGACGUGAUGAUAAAACCCGGAGUGUACUCCAAGGGCUUUUUUGUGUUCUCUCCAAAAGCAGCGGAGAUGAAGCCCCGUCUGGAAAGAAGAUGUCUGUCACCACAGAGCGGCGUUAAAUGUCUCACUUGCGGCGGUAAAACUCUUUAAUAUUUCUCCGAUUUGAGGAUUUUAAUGGCACAGAGGACUUCAAUCAAGAGCCAGCGACUUAAAGAGGGAUUUAUGAGUGUCGGAAUUGAGGGGUGAAUGUUAAUUUUUUUAUCCCAACGUCUGCCAUCCCUAUUCAGAUUAUACACCAGCCAACGGAGCAUUUAUAGCCAGCUAACGUCACAUUUAGAGACUAUAGGCAGUUUUAUUUGCUAAAACACGUUAACAUUUUUUCCCCUUCGAUAAUUUCACUCUGAAUUUAAAAGCGCAACACGAUCCCUUCGAGUCUAAUGUGGUUAUAAAUCACACCAUCCGUCUGCUGUCAGUUUUUUUUCUCCUUCUUUUUUUAAUAGCCCGAGUUGAGCUCCAUAAUCCUGCAUUACUGUGGAGUUUGGUUGUGGGUUUUUUAGCUAACGGCGGCGGCUACUAGAGCCAGAGCAGCGCGCGCGCGUGUUGUCAGUCAUCAUGCGUGCACCGACACGUUCGCACGGAUGAAACCACCACCUAAGCCAAAAAUAUGAUGCACCCAGAGGGCACAACAACACGCCGAGCCAUGUCGGACUGAGAACAGUGAGAGUGGGGCUUCGCCGGGCUGUGAGCUCACACAAACAAGCAGAGAGCGGCUUUCAAUUGAGAGGGAGAGCGGAUAAAAAACAAAACAAAAACAAAGCUGCAGCUAGCCUCUCCGCACAGCUCUCAGGAGACCGCUGAGAGGAUCAUUUUCGACUCAACUUAGAGACCAGAAUCCAGCUAUAAUGGGAGAGCAGCCCAUCUUCAGUACGCGGGCCCACGUCUUCCAGAUAGACCCGAACACCAAGAAGAACUGGGUUCCCACGAGUAAACAUGCCGUCACAGUGUCGUACUUCUUCGAUAGCACCAGGAAUGUAUAUCGAAUCAUCAGUCUGGAUGGAUCCAAGGCCAUUAUAAACAGCACCAUCACCCCCAACAUGACGUUCACCAAGACAUCGCAAAAGUUUGGCCAGUGGGCGGACAGCCGAGCCAACACUGUCUACGGCCUCGGCUUCUCAUCAGAGAGCCACCUGGUUAAGUUUGCAGAGAAGUUUGCAGAGUUCAAGGAGGCGGCACGGUUAGCCAAGGAGAAGUCUCAGGAGAAGAUGGAGCUCACCAGCACGCCCUCUCAGGAGUCAGCCCCAGGUGAUCUGCAGUCACCUUUGACCUCAGAGAGCAUCAACGGUACAGACAAUGACAGAGUUACACCAGAUACACCUCAGCACCCCGAAGCCAGAGCAGAGCCUUCCCAGAAUGCACUGCCCUUCUCACACAGUUCAUCCAGCAUUAAUAAGCACUGGGAGGCAGAGCUUGCGGCGCUGAAGGGGAACAAUGCCAAACUGACGGCGGCUCUUCUUGAAUCUACAGCCAAUGUCAAACAGUGGAAGCAGCAGCUGGCAGCCUAUCAGGAAGAAGCUGAGAGGCUACACAAACGGGUGACGGAGCUGGAGUGCGUGAGCGGCCAAACGACGGGGAUUAAAUCUCAAAAGACUGAACUCAACCGAACAAUAGAAGAGUUGGAGUUGGCUUUGAAGGCUAAAGAGGAGGAGUUGGAGAGACUUAAAGCAGAGGUGGAGAGUGCCAAUGAGUUUAGGUCCCAAAGAGAUUCCCUCACACAGAGGCUACAGGAGACGGAGGUGAGAAACCAGACGCUGGAGGCCCAGCUGACUGAUCUGGAGCAGCGUCUGGAGAGCAGCCAGCUGGAGCGGGAAGCCUUUCGCAAAAGCCUGCGCUCCCUGCUGGAGCUGCUGGACAGCAAAAUCUUUGAGCUGAACGAGCUGCGGGACGCACUGGCCAAGCUGCUGGAGGGCAGCUAGACGGAGAGAGACGAAGACUGUGCCACCACCUCCAACCACCUCCACCAACACAGCAGCCAGCGCCGAGACUUUUACCGCAUGUCGGCACUCACCUGCUCACUGACAACUUGAAUUCUCUUUUUUUGUUUUUUUCCUCCCACACGCGUGUAAAGGUUUACACACGACUUUAUACUUUAACACACAUCCACGCUCAGAUCGUUUACAAACCGCCAUGUGAAGCCUUCCCCUCCACUCCACUCUGGACAAAUCCACAGAAGCUUUCCUCGCUCUACGGAAACAUUAAAGGCGAAAUUCGCUUUUUUCUUUUAAACGUUGCUUUGGUGCGUUCAAAUGCAGUCACUCAGAGUCUGCGAUUGUUCUUGUUUUUUUUUCUCUUUUUUUUCCUCUUUCCGACUUUUUUUCCAGGCACAAAUCUUUAUUAAAACCCACGUCACCAUCAGCCAAAUAAACUCUGAGAUCCAUUGGGUUAUUUGUUGUGGGGACUCGACACAAAGAGGAUCCGGAGGACGUCGGUAUCUAUCGUGAAAUAUUCUUCUGAGAUAUAUGAGCAAUACAAAAGGGCAGCACCAGAGGGUUUAAAAAAACAUUUUCCACUCUCACUUUCAGGUAAUUUUACUCCUCUCGGAUACGUUUAAGACAUCGAGGUGGGAUUUUACUCAAACGUCUUUUCUUUCUUUCUAUACGCUUUUUUUUAAGGAUAUAACAGAUUCAUAGUGCACUUGUUCAUGUGUGUGUGAGUGAGUCAGAUGUUUCAUUUCCCCUCUUUGUUUCUGUUGCGACAUGAAGUGCAAUGAUUGAAUCCUUUUUUUUGUUAAUUUAUUACUGAAAUUUGUGACGAUGAUGAUUAUUAUUAUGAUGGAAGUUGUACAAAAUCAAAGUAUCUUUAUUUACAUCUCAUUUUCACUUAAUCUUUUUUUAUCAUGUGGUACGUGAGUGUCAAGAUGUUGAAACCUGGCAAUAUUUUUGAGCUGUUUAUCGAAGGAAAAAGGAAAAUGCGGCGGGUUGACUGCAGUUUUUUUUUUCUUUUGCCAAAUAAUGUUUUCCUGUACAGAUCUGAAUUUUUGCUGAUGUUGCCUUUGGUACAGACAUGCAUCAAUGGUAGCUAAGUAGCGGUACUUUUUAUUUGGUGGGAUUUACUAUUGCCAAAAAUGAGAGGAAUACGAUUCAGCGUGUACACCUGAAGAACACUAUUUAAGGGCUUGUUGUUAGCGCGGGUACAUUCGGGACACUUGGAUGGAUUUUUGUGCUGUAAAGGGAAAAAAGAAACAUUUGAAUAAGACUUUGAAAUACUGAUUAAACCACAUGCUUACAGACACAAAUUGUAAUUUUGAGUUUUUAAUAAAAGAAAACCAAAUGAAAAUGCUGCAGUUGUGUUUUAAUGAGCAUACUUCACAGUAAACCAGCCCUGCUGUCAUAAACCUGGUUUAAAUAAACCUGACUGCAGUUGAACUUGCCUGGUUUAAGUUUUAACUUGCGUCCUAUUUCAAAGCUUGUUCUUUGGACUAUUUAAGUACCAGCCUACCGUCACUUUUCCAGGCAUUCAGCACGUCAACCUGAAGCAUUUAAAUCCAUGAAUGUUUUUGAUUUUGCAUCUCAACUAGCAGGAAACGUUCCCACAAUGUUCUAAUGGUGUUUUGAAUGGACCUGUCAAACUGAAGGACUCAUCAGGUACUGGCAGGCCAAGCAAAUGCAGCUCUGGCAGCAGCUGAAGCAAAACCUCAGGUACAGACAUGCAUCAAUGUCUGUACCUGAGUUUUUCCUUCCCACUGUCACCAAGGGCUUGCUUGUAGGAGGUCGUCUGAUUGCUGGGGUUUCCUCUGUAUUAUUGUAGGGUCAUAUAAAGCACCUUGAGACUAAUUAUGUUGUGAUUAGGUGUUAUAUUAGAAAAACUAUUUGAAAUAAGGUCUGGGAAGAGUUCGUUGAGUUCACUGACAAAGAAUUUUGGUCAGGUUUAAAGCAAUUCUGGCAAACAAUCUCAGGAGGAAACAGUACCCACACUGUAUAGUGGGAUGGAGUGCUGGUGAUUUAGCUGCGCUGUGGAAAGAAUAGUUUGAGGAUCUCCUCAAGCCUCAAAGAAGAAGCAGAGUCUGGGGAUGAUGGGGAACAGCUCCUCAGCAGUGUCUACUCUGGAUUAGCAGACUGGGUUGGUGGGUUUCCUCUUUAAGAAAGGGGAGCAAUUAAAACUAUUAAAAACACAGACGUGUUGUUUAAUUGUCUGUCUGUGGGAAUAAACUUGAAAGCAAUGAUUCUCAGGAAGGUGAAUAAAAAUAUGAGUUUUGGAUUCUGUAAAUGGAUUAUGGACUAGAAUGAUAACAGCAUAUUAUGUGGGGGUUAAACUCUAAA